ACGCAGCCACCUGGAACUCCGCCUCGUUGGGAGCCAUGUCCCAUCCCAUCUCGUACGUCAGCCGUUGCACGCACCAAGUGUCCCUCCCCCUCUUGCAUCCUCCUCAUCUUCUCUCCAUCACCCUCCCAUCUACUCCCCCACCAUCUCAGCCAGGCUGCACCUCUCCAUUCCCUCCACAUCACGUGCACCACAACUGCCUACUAAUACCCAACACCUCCUCCAUGCCCCUUGCGCUGCUCUCUUUCCCCCUCUCUCCAACCUCCAUUCCCUCUUUCCCCCACCUCUCCUCCUCGCUGGCUGA